UUGUAUUUGCCUGCCUUCACAGUAUCCUGAUUGAUAUAAGACACUAGCAGCAAAGGACCCUUCCACGAUAGAAGUUCUCGAACUCAGACUUUGGCUUACUAGCAUCACUUUUUACCCUCUUCUACUCUCCCCGCAUGCGAUUCAUUAUUAUUACCAUGGCUGAUAAUAAUACUGCUGUCGCCCCGACACACUGGGCGGUUUUGAUUGGGAUUAAUUUCUAUGUGGAAGGCCGAUGCCUCCAGGGCAGCGUGCGAGACGUUGAAACCAUGAAGCAGUAUCUGGAGGCAGGACCUACCCCUGUGGAUAUCGCCGUCCUCACUGCAACAACAUCAUCCGAGCCUAGCUCUCGCCAUCCCAUCGAGGAGCCCGCCUUGUGGCCCACACGCGACAAUGUCAUCAAGAAGCUCAAGAGAGUCCUGGAGAAGGCAGAGCGGGGAGAUUUCGUAUACAUUCAUUACUCCGGUCACGGAACGCGGAAUAACGAUGGGGGAUCCACUCAUCCGGCCGGAAACCUGGCUUUUGUUCUCUUCGAGUAUGACGAACACGGCUGCAGCUACCUAAAGGGCCCAACCUUCGCAAAUUGUCUCCGCAAGAUGGUGGGAAAAGGGCUCCUCGUCACUGUUGUCCUCGACUGCUGCUACUCGGGAAGUGUCCUCCGUGCCGGCAGCGUGCAAGGCGCCGACAUACGGUCCAUCGACUACGACCCUGCCGUCGACGCGGCAUCUCCACAGGGUCCAGACCCAUUUUGCGCAAAUAACACCUUACGCGACGCCCAGACACCACUAGAUCAAUGGCUUGUCAACCCAGACGGGUACACAAUCCUCGCCGCCUGCGCUCCACAUCAGAGGGCGUGGGAACUGCAAAUCCAAGGAGGGGAGCGAAGAGGGGCACUCAGUUAUUUUCUCGUCGAGGCGCUGAGCGCCUUGAAGAAGAGCCGCGUCGAGGUUUCGCAUCAGUCCCUGUUUCAGCAUCUGCACACGAGGUUCCACGUAUCCUGGCCACAGCAAGCCCCCAUGCGCUACGGCAACAAGAACUUUUCAUUCUUCGGGAAGCUCGUUGUUGCACCAAGCAUAGGAUUUACCCCCAUCUACAGAAUAGAGAGCGGCCACCUGUGCUUGAGCGCUGGGGAGGCACACGGGGUGCACAAGGGUGACGAGUAUGCCGUAUAUCCGUUUGAUACGCCGGAAGAUGUUGUCAGCCAGGCGAGUGGGGCAUCGGUGCUGGUAAGAGUGGAAACUGUCCGCUGCCUUACUUCAGAUGUGGUGGGAGUCAAAGCGACGGCAUCGGCAGUUAGCCAGGUCGGGACGGGCUGGAAAGCAAGGCCGGUAACGCAGCUUUCGCCCUACAAGACUUCGGUACGGCUCACGGCUGGCGCCUUCUCCCAGCUCCAAUGGACAGAGGCCGCAAGACGGCAGCAGUUCCUGCAUGUUUGUACCGAGGACGAGGAUACGGAACCGUGCAUCUUCCAUGUCGCGCUCGGCGAAAACGACAAGUACGAGAUCCUAGACGGGCUACUCGAGAAGAUCAUGAGCCUGCCAGCCAUACCGCGACACAUUUCUAGAGCAUCCGACCUUGUCAUGGACGUCUUGCAGCACGUAGCGACGUUCAAAUUCUUUGAAGGGAUUGAGAAUCGGAUACCUAACGUCUCCUUCGAAUCCUCCUUUGACCUUGAUCCCAUUGGCCAAGCCGGAGCUUCGGGCGUUUUCGAUGUCAGGCACGGCGACACUUGGGGAUUUAGGAUCAAGAACUGCGGGGUUCGCCCUUUAUAUCUGGCGAUAUUCAACUUUACGCCGAUGUGGAAGAUUACCAACCUUAUGUCGCAGGCAGUAGUGCAGCCUAAAGGCGAAGAGGGUUCUGGCGAAGCGGAAAAACUAUUCAGGAUGACAGUCCCGGAGCCGCUUCGAAACCAGGGCCAACUAAUCUGCGACAUGGUGCCUCUAGAAGACGAUAUCGAGCCUGGAUGGCGUGGCGAUCCUUCCUCUGCGCCGUCGCCCGGGGAUGCCAGCAGCUCGGGAACCAUGCGUGGCGCUCCUCAAAAAGAUCAUAGAGGGUGGUCGAUGCAGAUCGAAGACUACCCGGCCGGGUACCCUCGGUUCUCGGCGGUUAUAGCAUCUCACGACUCCUUCCAUCUCUGCCGCCGAUUUUCCAACCUGCGGGCGCGCCUGCUCCUGCUCAAGCAGGACAGAUUGUCCCUGCUAGAAGGGCGGCUAGAGAAGAUCGACCAAGAGGAAGUCACACUGCUGUUGCUAGGAAGCAGCCGGGAUGAUACCAACAGUGAGAGAAUCUCUGUUCUCGCAGAGAUUGACGCGGCUUUGGCCGACUACGAUGCACUUAUAGAGCGGAACCACAGGGUCCUUGGCCUAGAAGACGCAUCGCAUAGAGACGUGGCGAGCUUGCAGAACUGGGUAGAUGGGAACGGCUGCAUCGCUCGGCGGGAGACGGCAUACCUCGCAUGCGCCCAAGAUCUUGCUAGCGUAGCGUCCCCGGAUGACGGAGCCACGAUGUGGCUGGGCGCACUGGUCGAGAGAUGCCACGGCUUCUUCUACACGUGUGUCGGCCGUCAUCCCCGGCGUAACGCCUCGCGAGACUCGAACGUGCACAUAUUUCCCCGGUCAUCGGUCACGUGGGCCGCCAGGAUGCUAAUGACGCCAUUCGUCGUUGUGUUGCUCAUAGCUCCCGUCGUCGCCUGCAACUUUGUCAGCAGCUUGACAGCCAAACUGAUUGCUAUUGUGGCCGCCACCACCGGGUUCCUUGCAGCAUUAUCCGGCUUGACCAAACCAAAAACGAUCGAGCUGGUCGUAGCAGGGGCAACCUAUACGGCUGUCCUGGUCGUUUUUAUUUCGAACACAUGUUUAUGAAAAUUAACCUGAUGGUACAGCAUUCUUGUUUCUCAUCUGGGAUUUUGAAUGAGACUUAAUCUAUGCGCCCACUUGUUACAUUCGGCGCACCCACGUGGCUGGUAGCUGUGGGAGAUGGAGCUGAUAUGUAUAUAUCGUCAAUGGUUUAUUACGAAUCCCGGCUUCAGUAAGCUAAAUGUAGAGCGGUAAGUGCCGUAGUAUAGACCAAUAAGGAAGGAGGGCUAGGAUCCACACUGCUCAUGUUUGAUUUUCAUGUGGAGGAACUUCCUCAGUCGUUUUGCAAAGGGGAUACCAACAAAGAGAUAUCCGGUUGCUCCCG